UAUAACCGUCUCUCAAUCUCUCUCCUUUGGGAUUUCAAAGCCGCUUCCGCACAAAAGGAGCUUCCGAGCGAUUUUCUGCCCAAAGAGGGCGAACGAAAAAGCUAAUCGUCUUUCUCCCUUCUUCUUCGCGACACCUGCUUCGAGAAUCCGUACGAUCAUGGCGUCUGUGAUCCGACUGUCCCAUCUUUCAAUCCAUCGCUUUCUCUCACCUUAGCUUGUACAAAAGACAAAUCUCAGAUUCUCUCUCAUAUCUUUGGAUUCCGGUUUGAUGCUCGAUCCCUUCAAAUAGAGGAGGAAGAUACUUGCAAGUGAUGUGCUGAUAACUUCUUUGUUACGUGAUAUUCUCUAGGGAUUUUGUGAACACACAAAACUCUGCUUCUGAGCUUGUUGUAUUGUAAACUUACAAUGGAUGACGGUAAACUUCAAAGUGAUGAUGGGAACACAAAGGAUCACGGAAAUGGUGUUCUCGACCAAUGUACUUCUUCUGGUGGGGAAGGUUUAGCUUUGCACAAAGUGAAUGGGACUCUUAAUAGUAGUAAAGACACUGGGCAGCUGGAUGGGAAUUCAGAAGGAAAAUCUCAUCUGGCAGAGAGUGAAACAGUUCAAUCUUCUAUGGGGAAAGUUGAAGGCCAGCCAAUUAUCCAUGAGGAAGGAAAACGUGUGUCUGUUUCUAAGGAAUCUGGAAAGAAAGAUCUUGAUCAAGCAAAGCAUUCCAAGUCACAUAAGGGUCAAGGGAAGGCCAAGAAAUCUUCUUCUGGGAAUGAGAUGCCGUCAAGCCCCAAACGUACUGUAGCGACUUGGGUGAAAAAGAGCAAAGAUGGGAAGCAGGAGGAGACUGCUUCUGUUUCGAAUGGUUCACUCACUUCAACUUCCCGUUCAAAGAAGUCUUCAGCCCUUGCAACUAACAGGGGUUCAUUUAAUGGAAGGCAGGGUGUUGAACGCAAUGCAAGUGUUGAUUUGAAUGGGCCUGCAAGAUCAACAUCUGCACCAAGCUCUACUCUUAAUUCCAAGUUGUCUGGAAACUCUAAAUCAUCUUCACCCACCAAUAUCUCACAGCAUGAAGGCCUGAAGGAGCAGGUAAAAGAUCUUAAGCCUCUGAAACAGGGGAUGCCAAAUAAAGUUGAAGAGCGCCCUCGUUCUUCUUCUUUAAGUCCCACUGCUGCAGGUUCACAACCCCGAAGAGUGGGCUCUACUCCUUCCUAUAGCUUUAAUUUUAGAUGCAAUGAACGGGCUGAGAAAAGGAAGGAGUUCUACACUAAGCUUGAGGAAAAGAUUCAUGCAAAGGAAGUGGAGAAAACUACCAUGCAGGCCAAAUCUAAGGAAACUCAAGAGGCAGAGAUUAAGCUGCUCAGGAAGAGCCUAACUUUUAAAGCAACACCUAUGCCAAGUUUCUAUCAGGAACCGGCACCUCCCAAAGUGGAGUUGAAGAAGAUUCCGCCAACGAGAGCAAAAUCACCCAAGCUUGGGCGUCCAAAGAGCUUUACGACAGCUGAAGCCGAAGGAAACAAUAGCCACUCCUGUCAAACGGGUCGGUUGAGCCUUGACGAGAAAGUCUCCCGAAACGGCCUUGCCAAAGAAUCCCACCCACAUAUGAAGAAGCCAAACCGAAAGUCCCUUCCCAAAUUGCCUUCUGAAAAAUCAACUUCGGAAAAUCUAACAGAAAUCACUCCCAAACAACCACAGAAAGAAAUGAACCUGGAUUCUGAGGCAGCUAUUACCAUUGGACAGAACAAGACUGAAUCCAUGUCAGAUGAGCCUGCCGAGACCGAGGAGCAACCAAAGCCCACUGAGCAGGAGCCUGUAAAUGUAGUUGCUUCUGGUGAGCCAUCGGCAGAGCAGCAAUGAAAGAGGGUGUGACAUAUUAAUGGGAAUGUCCAUUGUGGCGUAUUAAUGGGAAUGUCGAUUGCAUUUUUCUUAAAAUAAGAAAGAAGUCGACAAUAAGACUGGAGAUAAAUUGUCUUAGAUGGACGAAGGCAUGAGAGGAUUUUGUAUUGUGGCUUGUGAUGUUAUUUUUUUGUUCAGAGUCGCUGCGAGGUACCUGGGCUUAUAGCGUGCUUUCAUAUUUGGCUAUUAGAACUUGUGCCUGAAUUUGCAAUACUGUAUUAUUUUCAA